CUCCGUUCUGUAAGCGCUUGUGAAGGUAUUACGUUUGUGAAUGCAACCAACCUAAUUCGAUUAUUGAUCCUUGGUUUAGUUUUAUUACUCUUGUCGCCACUGAAACCGCCUGUCUACCUUUCCGCUUGCCUAGGUGGUAUUCUGAAGAUUCAACCGAUAGAAGCAUUGUGUUUGUAAUGCUACUAUUUCCGAGAUUGCGUAAUACGACACCGAGGAACUGCUCAUCCGGUCGGUCAGACUUCACAAGAAGUGAAGACACAGCCGAUGGCUCCUUUUUUGUUUUAGCUCGGGCGGAUGCAGGAAAAUUGGCAGAUUGGCGCCAACAAGUAAGCAAUUUUAGCUGGCACGUACUUACCUACCUGCACUGGUGGACACGAGCGUUGAUGACAGACAAGACGGGGAAAAGAGAGCCACAAAAAAAAAAAGCUGCAACUCAGCCAGCCCAUCGGAUCUAGCUAUGCAAGGAGACUUCUUUCCUUUCGAGUCUAAUUCUAGGGUCUAAAGCAGUGGAGAAUGC